AUGUCAAUGAUUAUCAAGAUGCACAAAUGGAUGGUCUUCGUGUCAGGAUGUUAUGUGACGGUGGUACCAAUGGGAUUUUGUUAUUCUCUCGGAGCUCUAUUUGUGGAGUUCAUGACAGUAUUUCAGGCUUCAAGAGCAGAGGCAUCACUGAUACAGUUUGUAGGUGUUGCCGUUAGUUUUAGUACAGGAAUUGUUGCAGGAUUUGGAAACCUUCUUGUGCUUUUUGUUUUAAUUUUUGGACGUCCGAAUUUUAUUCGAAUGCACACGAUUUUGAUGUAUAUAACAGCAAUAUCUGACCUGGUUGUGGCAUCUAUAGCCUAUCCUCUAACGGCUGUGUCAGGUUACAGUAAAAGAUGGUACUUUGAUGAAAUUACGUGCGUAGUAACUGGAUUUCUUGUGUACUUUGCAACGAUGUGUACCAUUAACUCACUAUGUUCCCUUGCCAUUUUACGAUAUAUUGUAGUCUGUAGACCGGAAUAUGAGUGUUACAUUCGUGGAAAGUUUAUCGUUUUGUGGGUGUCAUGUAUUUUUGCAUACGCAUUGUUAUGGACCGGUGCUCCACUGCUUGGCUGGAGUAGCUACGGGCAUGAGCCAUUCCAAACGUCUUGUACCCUGAACUGGUACGGGGAUACUACCUCUGACGUCACAUACAAUUCUCUGUGUAUUGUCUUCUGCUACUGUGUGCCAGUCUUCAUCUUUAUUUACUGCUAUUACCACGUUUUGAAAACAAGCCUUUUUAGAACCAGACCGAUUCAGUGGCAUUCCGAGAGGACUGACAUGGAAGUUAUCAUAGAAAAAAUGUCGAGAAACUCAAAACUGAGAGCUUCAAGACAUAUGACGUGGAUCUGCUUGGCAAUGGUGGCUUCCUUUGUUGUUAUCUGGACACCAUAUACAAUAGUUACAUUCUGGAAUCUCGUGUCGGAGCCAGUACCGUCUAGUGCUCAGGUCCUUCCGACAAUGUUUGCAAAACUCAGUUGCGCAACAAAUCCUAUAAUUUAUUGCGCAUUCUGUGAUCGUUUUAGGGAAGCAUUGCAGCGUGCUCGUCCAUGCAAAAGGAAGGUAUUUCCUGCACUAUCUCAAGGUCAUGUAGGACAAAUCGAUGUAACAGUUACAAUGCUAGAGGAAAACAGGCGACGUGAACACAAGAAAACCCAAAAUGAACAUGAGAUGGUUCACAAUGAGACUGUUGGUUCAAAACAGACACGAAUCAUUAAUGUUCAGCAAAUAAAGGGAAAUAAUGAUUUAUAUGAAGCCCAUGCUACAACAAGUGCAGUUGAUAAUGUGACUCAAACCUGA